CACACCUGUGGACGGGUAAGAAAGGCAGCGAGCAGUGGCGGCCACGGAGUGGAACAACGCACGGUCAGACAACACAUACGCCUCAAAUUUCGCGUCGUCAUUUCUGUCCGGCAGACAAGUGUGUGUACGCGUUUGGUGUUCCUCCAGCAGUGUGAAAAUGAACCAGCAGUAGCGCCCCAGGUGUGAAAACAACAGCGGUACAGCGGGUUGAAGCUUCCAACAAAACGUGUGUCUGUGUGUGUUUGUGCGCUACCCUUGCGGGGAAAGAACUUUGCCAGCCCCCCUCCUCUUCCCGGUCAAAGGAUUCCGGUACAAGAAGCAAACGGAAAACGACCGAACGCCGCCAGAGGAUGGUGGAAGAAAAGCUAAACACGCGCGGCUGCGUCUUCUCGCUGCUCUACUCGGUCGGCUCGUUCGCGCUGGCUUGCGCAAGCCUGUCCACGCUCGACCCGAGUGAUCGCAUUACGGUCCAGAAAGGUGCGCUGCUUAUCAGCUUAGGGUUCGUGUACUUUGUCGCCCUUACCGAGUUUCUCAACCAGCUGCUGCUGCGGACGACCAUCGGGCACAGCUUCGUCAAGCGGUACCGGUUACGCGUAUCGGACGUGCUGGACAUAACGAACAAGCUCGUGUCCGCCGUGCAGGCCGCCUUUUCCUGCAUCGCCGGGCUGUUCGUGUGCCGCUGGUCGUGCCCGCGCAACUUUCUGCACGCUUCGCACUUCCUGUCCGAAUCGUACGCCUGGUUUGCGGCCUCGUACUUCUUCUACGACCUAUGGUCGAUGUACAAAAUCUAUGCGGCCGAGGCGGCCCUCAAGCUGAAGGUUAAGCUGGGCCUGCAGUCGCCGGCCGCCGGGGAGAACAACAAUCAGGGCGGGGGAAGAAAUGGCACCGCCAAGGGGGACGAUGCGGCCGGAAAUGGAGGGAUGGAGAAGGCGGCCACACUGCAGGCACUGGAGGACAUUCCGAGCGUGGCGCAAGGGACACUGUCGUUCGUGACGCCCUGCAAGCUGGGCAUCCCGAGCUUUGCCAAGUACCUGGCGUCGCAUCCGUUGAUGGUGUUCCACCAUCUGUUCAUUGGCUCGUACGGACUGGUCGUUAUAUCGUAUCUUCGAGGUGGACUGGGAGAUUGCGUGUUUAGCUUCAUGUUCAUGAUGGAGCUGUCCACACCGUUCGUGUCAUUCCGUAGCAUUCUCAGCGUGAUGGGAUUGAAACAGUCGAAGCUGUACGUCAUCAAUGGGCUGGUGAUGCUGGUCACGUUCUUCUGGUGCCGCGUAUUUCUAAUGCCGUACGUGUGCUACUACUACAGUCAGGUAGUGAACAAACCAUUCCUAGAGGCUGUGUGGAACUUACCGUGGGGAUGUAAGGUGAGCAUUUUGGCACUGUUUUUGCCACAGCUCUACUGGUUCCGGUUGAUGGUUCGAGGUGCAAUGAAGGUUUUCUUCCCACCGAAAAACAAGCGCAACACAACGAUCGCGGCAAACUCGUGCGCCAACGAACAGGAGGCGUCCGCCAACGGUGGACCGAUCAAAGCCUCACAAUCCAAAGAUAGCGAAAUACGAUCCUUAAUGUAAACUGGAGCAGGGUUACACACCGAGGAAAGGUGCAGGGUGUGUGUGUGGAUACCGCAGACGACAGCUUAGGCACAAGUGUGUUUGUGUGCUAGCGCUUGGUGUGCUUUUGUGGGGAUAGACCGACCGACCGACCGACCAGGCGGAUGAGGGCAUAUAUUUGGGGACGGAGGGCAUCGACAUCUUUAGCAACGUGUUAAUGGAUAAGUGUUAUUUUGUGUGUAAUUGGAAUAUGCAUCGGCCAGCCAUCCAGAUGUAAAUUGGUUACAAACGUUUUGGAGGUUCGAUUUCAGCGUGCAGCGAAUGGAAGGGAGGAGCAACCCGCGUGGUGUAGGGAGAGCGUGCAAAUAAGCGAGAAUCAGGUGUUUUCCAAGGCCAGGGAUAGUAACUUACACCCACUUCCAUCUUGAUACAGGCUACAAACAAACAUGUAGAACCGUGUGCUGCUGCUUAGUUUACUAGUCAUAGUAGUUGCGUCUUUUUUGGUUCAUUUUCUUACACCCAGCAACUGUAACCGAAUCAAACCCCCUUUCAACCCCAGUAAACAAAUCAAGUGCAGGGAUUGAGAUGUAUUCCUUCCUUAGUUUCUUCCAAAAAGAAAGGGUUUCUUGCCAGUCGAUCCAGCCCUGUACCUCCACGAAAUGCGCGAUUACCUUAAAGUAAUGAUAGUAUGAUAGGUUUUUUGUUGUUGAUGUGAAAGCCGCUAAGUUAUAGUUACUACAGUUGAGCAUGGAAACCAAAACCAAACGUAGGAUUAGCCGAAAAUCAUACCCAUCCCACUGACCCACACCCACACACACACACAAUCAGGAACAUAUUAAACCCUUGUUACCACCAUCCCCAGUAUCCGUUAGAGGGGCAUUCCACGGAACGGAAGCACACUGCAUUAAUACUUAUAUAUAUACAGCGAACAACGUUUCUUAAACGGCGCGCGCUAGAUGAUAGACUUUUUUGUGCAUUUUUUUCUACAAAACAAACAAACAAAAGCAUAGCGACAAAACACCCACACAAACACAUAUUAUAGCGCACAAUGUUUUUGGUGCGAAUAGUUUACAAACGCGGAAAAAUAGGAAAAGCGUACGAUAUACACAGAUUACAUAUUCUACUCCCGCCUCCUCCUCCCUCUAUCCCUCUCCCUAUCCCUUCGUAAGGAGUGCGUAGUUUUAUGUAUGGUAGCAGAGUUAGUGAGAAGAAUGGCGCAACAGGCGAACUGAGACGGUAGAAGGAUUUAGCGAAGGUAGUGCAAAAGGGCAUCGAGCAAAAGCUGAACGAGGAUGAGUGAAACGAUCAAACAGAAAACAGAAAAUAUUCAUAUAACUAAUCAAUGGAGCUUUCAUAUUAGUGUGAUGUUUACCAAUGUUAUUUGUACACAGCGCGAAAAGAAGCGGUAGUAAGCGGCAAGGUAGCGGAAUAAAGCAGCAGCAGAAAACACACACACAUUACCAUUGAAAGGACGACAGAUAAAGUAAGGGGGAAAUUUAAUCAAAAUUUAGCUGAAUGAUGCUAGGACACACACACAGACUGACCUGUGGGGUAGCUUUGGGACACACACAGACACACGCAUUGGCUUACACAAGUUCGGACAUCUUCACUCAUUAACACAUUGGCUGAGUAGGAUUUAGUAGCGUUUGAGCGUAGGGGGGUGUAGCCGGGAGCAGCAUUUCGAUUUCGAAAGGAACGCCGGCGGGGCGGCAUUAGUGUUGGCGAACUACCGGUUCGGUGGAGAUCGGGGCCGCGCAAGGUGAGAGGAUUGACUUUGAAACAAUCGCGUGUUUUUGUAAUGUUGCACUUUGUCGAAGCGAAACGGUUUUUGGCACACCUUUAUUCCACACAGGAACGAGCGGCAAAGUGGCGAGAAGCGCACGCCUGGCGCCGCGAAUCACGGACGGAAAGGACGGUGUUGGUGUGUUUGUGUAUCGAUUUACAUAAAAUAAUAUAAUGUGUACUGGAA